AUGCGCGCUCUCCUGCUUCUCCGCGGCCUCGCAGAGCGUCGCUGCGCGGCGGACAGGCUGCGCGUGAUCGCCACGCACCUUGCCCCCGCGCCGCUCACCUCGCCCCUCGCCGGCCGCGCCGACGACGUCGAUCGCGCGGACGCCGCCGGACGGGCGGGCGCGUCGUCGUCGCGGCGGUAUUUGGUGACCGCUGGCGCGGCCGCCCUCGCCGCUUCCGCUGCGGCCUCGUCGUUCGCCGCUGCUGGCGCGGAGGUAAGGCGAGGGGCGCAGCAGAACGGGCUCGUCGGGCGCGGCGCACUGCGAGGCGGCGCCCAAGGCAGGCAAGUCAUCUCCGCCCUGCCACCCGCCUCCGCCCUGCCACCCGCCUCCGCCCUGCCACCCGCCUCCGCCCUGCCACCCGCCUCCGCCCUGCCACCCGCCUCCGCCCUGCCACCCGCCUCCGCCCUGCCACCCGCCUCCGCCCUGCCACCCGCCUCCGCCCUGCCACCCGCCUCCCCCCUGCCACUCGCCUCCGCCCUGCCACUCGCCUCCGCCCUGCCACCCCUGCCUCCGCUGCUUGUGUGCGUCUCCCUUCCCUCUCUCCUCUGUGCAGCACUGAACCCACAGCAGUUCGUGGCGUUCAGGGUGCAGCAGGUGCAGGACAUCAACCACAACACCAAGAUAUUCCGCUUUGCCCUCGACCCCGACACACGCCUCGGCCUCACAGUGGCGUCAUGCCUCGUUACAAGGGCGCCCAUCGGACCACCUGGGGACGACGGGAAGCCCAAAGCAGUCAUUCGACCGUACACGCCCAUCACUCCGCCAGAUGUCACGGGGCACUUCGACCUGCUAGUCAAGGUGUACCCCAACGGCAAGAUGAGUCAGCACAUGUUCUCCCUCAAGCCAGGCGACGUGCUUGAAAUGAAGGGCCCCAUUCCGAAGCUGCCCUACCAGCCCAACAUGAAGCGCAGCAUUGGCAUGGUGGCGGGGGGGACGGGCAUAACGCCCAUGCUCCAGGUCAUCGACACCAUCCUCUCCAACCCCAACGACCACACGCAGGUGGCGCUGGUGUUCGCCAACACGUCACCGGCGGACAUCCUUCUCGCCGAUCAGCUGCGCGCCCUCGCUGCCUCGCACCCCAACUUCAAGGUGUACUUCAUGGUGGACCGCGCGGAGGCGGGGGCGGCAUGGAAGGGCGGGGAGGGGUUCAUCACGGCGGACGUGCUGCGCAAGGCGCUGCCACCACUGUCCCCCGACUCCCUCGUGCUCGUGUGUGGGCCGCCCGGCAUGAUGCGCCACGUGUCAGGCGACAAGGCACCCGACAAGUCGCAGGGGGAG